AGAAAGUUGGGUCUAAAACGUUAUUUGGUUUUGACACAAAUCUAUUGGGCAAUGAGAGAAAAAUUUCCGCUGUGUGUUGAGCUCAACCUUAUAUAAGGUCCUCACUAGGAAUUUUCAGUCUGAUGGCUUCUUUUUGUGAGACAUUUAUGGCUGAAAGACUACAGAAAGAUAGAUUUCAAAACACUUUCCUUCAACCCUCUCCUGAUUUCCUGUGGAAAAAAAUGCAUGGGCUCUUCCUUGUCCUGGUGAUGUGUACAGUGGGUGCCUCUGCUUUCAGACUCCAGCAAGUAAAAAACACAGAAAACUGCCCAGAUCACACCGUGUUUUUCAAACACUACUAUGAACUACAUGAAGAACCUGUGGUUCUGAAAUGCCCUUCCCCCAGAUACAAACAUUUGGAUUUCUCUGCCUUGAUCCCUAAUAUCACAUGGUAUAAAAAUGGUUCAAAUACCAUGAUAUCAGGAAGAGAUGAAGAUUCAAGAAUCUGGGCAAAAGGAAAUGCACUCUGGUUUUUACCAGUGAUGCUAGAAGACUCAGGAGUAUAUAUCUGCACAAAAAGGAACUCCUCCUACUGUGCCGAGGUCUCCAUCCACCUCACAGUUGUGGAGAAAACAGCUGCUCGGGAGAUUGCCUAUCCCCAGGUCCUCUUCACUUUCACCUCUGGAAGGAUUGUUUGUCCUGACCUGUGGGAUUUUACACCAAACAGGACAAGCCUGGAGCUCAAGUGGUACAAGGAUGCUCUGCCUUUGGAAGAUGACAAUGAAAGAUUCAUCAUUCUGAAAGGUUCAGGGUCUCUGAUCAUGGCAUCCGUGCUACCGACAGACGCGGGGUAUUACACCUGCAAGAUGUCAUUUCCAUUUGAAGGUGUGGAAUACGAAAUCACCAGGACAAUUCAACUGGAGACUGCUGAACAAGAGAAGAGAAUUACCCCGAUAAUUGUGUAUCCAGCCCAAAAGACGACAUCAGCUGCUCUUGGCUCCAAGAUGACUCUCCCAUGCAAAGUGUUUGUUGGGCUGAGCAGCCAUUUUCAAACUGACGUGGAAUGGCUGGCAAAUGACACCAGCGUUGACGUGGUUUAUAAACAAAGCAGAGUUACAGAGGGGGAACGACAAGAAAUAGUAGAAAAUGGUGAAAACUUCAUUGAAGUACCACUGAUUUUUGAUUCUGUUGAAGAAGUGGACUUUUACACAGACUUUACUUGUCUGGCCCAGAACACAUAUGGAUACCAAGUACUGCCAACAAGGGUCAAGCAGGAAGCUGUUGGUCUGUCCUGGUACAUUGCAAUGAUCCCUGUUGCACUGGCCUGUGUGUUCGUGGGAGGGAUAUGCAUGCACAAGUGCUGGAAGCGGAGAGCUGAUAAAGGAUAUACAACACCAAAGAGCCAAAUGAAGUUGUCAUGGCAACUGUAUAUCUAUGAACUGCUACACAGAAAAAAUAAUUUUGUUCACCAUUUGGAUUACACUUUGCUUAAACAGCCUGUCUCAGAAUAUCUCUCCCCCAGAGAUAAAUCCAUCUGUAUGACAGAUAACUGUACAUAGAAGAAUUCAGUUCUGUUUUAUCUACCAAUAUGUUGUAGCUAGAGAUUCAUAGGCAGCUGUAACAUGUUGUCAUCUUUGCCAAGGAAAUAAUUGGAGGUAUGUUUAAGGGUUUUGAGAGUAAUUUGGCUAACAAAAAGUUUAUUCCUGGAAGUGAUUGGACAGAUUGCCAGUAAUAAUGAACAGUUUCAUGCUUUUGUGCCUCCAGCCCUUUUGUGACCAGUCUGCUGUAGCUUCUGGUUGUGUCCUUUAAAUUGCAGUAUGCAAAUUGAUUACGCAGGAUGCAAAACACUGCUUUUUAGGUUAACCUAGCUGUAUUCUAGUCUUGACAUAGAUCAUAAGGGAGCAAUAAAUAAUCAGUGACCAUGUUGUACUUUGAGGGUCAGAAUGAAUAAAAUUAUUUGGUUACUUCCUCUCUUUCUUUUCAAAGAGAUACCACUUAUGACAGCUGAGAAAUUGUUACAUGAAUUAUGUGUAUUCUGGAAAAACUUUGGCUCCAAAAAACCAAAUUGUAACACAGUAGAGAGCGAAUGGACCACAUCCAUCUGGGAGAGGCCAUGGCCUUAUUCCCUUUCACCACCACUUCCAGUUGUCUCUGAGUUUGGCCCAAUAAAUGUCUGGAAGGAUUCUAAAGAGUAGGAUGUGGCUUGAGUUAAGAAAUCUUCACUCUAUUAGUGAGAACAUUCAUAUGUAAUGAGAUUUAAACCAAAUCCUCCCUUUAAAUACUCUAAAUGUUAGUUGUGAAGAUUUAGUCACAGAGAUUAGAGUUCUGACGCAGUUUAGGUCAAGGGCAUCCAGAGAACACCACAGGACUCACUGUUUCCAAGUGUAGAAUAUUAAAGAUGAUAAGGACUACAAGUAUUUUAUGGGUAGAUGGGAAAAAGGUGGAUGUAAGUGUGGAGAACAGUCAGAUCACUUGGAUAUCUGUUCUUUGAAGGGAGAAAGCUAUAGAUGAACUGACCAGUGUUGGAUGGAACAUUGAAAAUGUUUUAGAAGCAUCAGGAAUGCUCAUUAUUUUCAAGCAAUUGCUAGUCUGUACCUAGAGAACAAAUUAAGAUUGUCAAUAAGUGUAAUGUUUAAAAAUGCGAUUUGCUCUUCCUUUCCAUCUGUGUCCUCCAAGAGUAGCAUGAUCACAUACCUACCUGGCUGUAAGUGCAGGGAUGGAUUUCACUAAGUAUUGGAAAAGAAGCAGAACUUUUGGUAUACACAGUACUGGUGCCAUAAGAAAGUUAAAUACCUCAUAUCCUUCUCCAAAACAAGAGAAAGAGAAAAAAAUAUGAAUGUAAGAUGAAAAUUAGGUAUUUAGAAAAUUGCUGUUACAUACUCAGUGGCAUUUUGAAUAAAAAAGGAAAGUAAAGAAACAAAGGCUUAUCUUCUAUGUAGUGAUGUUUGCUUCUCUGAUACUAGUAUAAUAAUAUUCUGAAGGCUUUUCAUAAGUAGAUAUCUUCAGGUGAACUACACAGUGUAAAUAUUUUACAGAUACAUUUGAACAAGUGACCUGCAUAAUGUAAAAGCUUUAUACUGAUUUGUAUCAUUAUACACAUGGGCAAUAUGGUUUAUCUAGGUUUUGAAAAUGUUGUGUGAAAAAAUGGAAAACAAAUAAA